AAUAAUUUGCCACGUAUCAACUCAACGAACGAAGUCAUUUGACGCUUAACUUAUCUAAACGUUAAGAGAUCUGAAAGAUCGAAUGUUCAAAGCUUCAACUGUCGACCAGUAAAAGAUCUUGCAUGAAAUGGAAGCUUCCUCUUCAAGACUUUAUGAAGAAACAAGUGAAGCCAGGAUUAAGCGUCGCAAACCUGAUAUUAACGAAAAGUGGAAAUACAUUGAUGAAUCAACAAAACAUAGAGAAUUGCUUUUAAAAUUGAUUGAAUAUGGACGCAAUCCCAGUGUUGAGGUUAAAGUGGUUGGAAAUGUGCGUGUAAUAUUCUCAGAAGAGUUUUGCAUUGGCAAAGGAAGAGGUGGAACCCGUGUUUUUCUUGGACUGGGUAAGGAUGGUUACGGUAAAGCAGUGAAACGAAUACAUCGACAUGAAUUUAUCCAGCUUGCACAUCACGAAAAGAAAAUUUUAAAUGAAUUCAAUGUAAAAAAGUCGAAAUAUGUUGUGAAUUAUUUCUACUUAGAAGAAGAUAAAGGAACGGAUUAUGAUUAUUUGAUCUUAGACUUAUGUGAAGAAACACUGGUGACGUUUGUGAAAGAUUCUACUUUGCAUGAUCUUCAAAAAGCUCUUCCUGAUAUUCUUAGACAAAUUUUAAAAGGAUUAGCUGAUCUUCAUAGCGGCCCAAAUCCUAUUCUACAUCGGGAUUUGAAUCCUUCCAAUGUUCUGCGAGACUCAAAAAGCAACUUUCUGAUAGCUGAUUUUGGCAUAAGUCGAAAAAUGAAGAAUGACUCUACAUCAUAUAAAAGCACUACUUCCAAGGGAACCGUGCAUUGGAUAGCUCCUGAAUCAUAUUGCGAUGAUGAUGAUUCAGUAAAUAAAGCGUGUUACGAAAGAAGGUCUGAUGUAUAUAAUGCAGGGAUGGUAGCUUAUUACAUUGCAACCAAAGGAAAACAUCCUUUUGGAAGUAAACGGCUUAGACUGGACAAUAUGUUGAAUGGAAACCCAGUUGGCUUCGAUCAAAUCAAGGAUGAAACAUUAAAAGACCUUCUGUCGUGGAUGUUAAAACGACAACCAGAAGAAAGACCAUAUUCUAACGAAGCAUUAAAACACCCAUUUUUCAUGUCAGAUGAUGAGAAGUUUGAAAUGUUACGUAAAGUUGGGAAUCUUCAGCAGAUUAAGACAAAUGAUUCCCAGUCAAGUGUCGUUCAACAAUUGAAUAGCAAAUCCGAACAUUGGAAAAGUAAAAUGGAUUGUGAUGUUUAUGAUUAUUUGGUGAAUGGAAAGCCCUAUAAAUCUUCAUGGACAGAAUGCUUAAGACUCAUUCGAAGUAUUGACCAACAUUGGAACAAUCGACCACGACCACAACCAGAACUGUUUUAUAAGAUUGGUGAUUACAGGGCGUAUUUUCUCCGAAAAUUUCCUAAUCUCCCUGUUUGGGUACAUGCUGCUGUAAGGUCAAAUAAAGAAUUAAAAAACAAACCAGAACUUAUGGCUAUUUUUUCUGGAGAAGAGAAGAAGAAACGAUGUUUUCAAGAUGAUCAUAGAUACACCAAACUUACACCAGAGGAAGCGUCUUCUAGUUUUUAUGAAAGAACAAGUAAAACCAGGGAAGAGCGUCGCAGCCCUAAUAUUGACGAUGAUCUUAGAAUCACCAAUUACGAUAUCCCGUCAACUGGUGAAGAUGAUUUAGAUUUGAUGCCAUUGCAUACGUUAGGUCGUAAUAGUCCACCUUCUCAAAGCUCAGAGUCAUCUGUAUCAGAACUACAGUUACAAGAGUGGAAAUUUAUUGGUGAAUCAGCAAAGCAUAGAAAAAUGUUUUUAAAAUUGUGUGAAUAUGGGGCCAGUGCCUUUAGAAAGGUUAAACAUGUGGGCGAUGUACGUGUAAUUUUCUCUGACGAGUUUUGCAUCGGCAGAGGAAACGAUGGAACACGUGUAUUUCUUGGACUGACAAAGGAUGGUUACGGCAAAGCUGUGAAACGAAUACAUCGAGAUAACUUCAUCCAUAUAACUCGCCGAGAAAAGGAAAUUUUGAUUGAACUUAACUCAAAGGAAUCGAAAUAUUUUGUGAACUAUUCUAACUUAGAGGAAGACAAUGACACGGAAUAUGUCUAUUUAUUAUUAGACUUAUGCGAGGAAUCAUUGGAGAGUUUUGUGAAGUCUUCUACUUUGUCUGAUCUUCAAAAAGCUCUUCCCGAAAUUCUUAGACCAGUUUUGCAAGGAUUAGCUUAUCUUCAUAGUGGCCCGCAACCUAUUCUUCAUUGCCAUUUAAAGCCUUCCAAUGUUCUCCGAGACUCACAAGGCAAAUUUCUCAUAGCUGAUUUUGGUAUAAAAGCCAAGGCUAUUGUGGAAACUCAGUUUUGGAUUGCUCCUGAAUCAUAUUGUAAAGAAGAAGAUUCGUUUGAUAAAGCUCGUUACGAAGCAAAGUCGGAUGUAAUGAAUGCAGGAAUGGUGGCUUAUUAUGUUGCAACAAAAGGGAAACAUCCUUUUGGAAGUAAACCCCACAGACUGAUCAACAUAUUGAAUGGGAAACCUGUUGGCUUGGACGAAAUCAAAGAUGAAACAUUAAAAGACCUUCUGUCGUGGAUGUUAAAACUACAACCAGAAGAAAGACCAUCUGCCAACGAAGCCUUGAAGCAUCCAUUUCUUAUGUCGGAUGACGAGAAAUUUCACUUUUUAUGUAAAGUUGGUGACUUACAGUCGAUUAAAACAAAUGAUCCCCAAUCUAGUAUCGUCCAACAAUUGAAUAUUGAAUCUUCAAACUGGAAAAGUCAAAUGGAUAACGAUGUUUAUGAAUAUUUGGUAAAUGGAACAAAGUAUGGAUCUUCAUGGACAGAAUGCUUAAGUCUCAUUCGAAAUAUUGGCCAGCAUUGGGACGAUCGACAACGACCUCUAUCACAACCAGAAAUUAUUUAUAAGAUUGGAGAUCACAAGGCGUAUUUUCUUAAAACAUUCCCCAGUCUCCCUGCUCGGGUACAUGCAGCUCUCAGGUCAAAUGAUGAAUUGAAAGACAAUCCAGAAUUUAAGGCUAUUUUUCCUGGAGAAGAGAAACGAUGUCUUCAAGAUGAUCAUAGAUACACCAAACUUACACCAGAGGAAGCGUCUUCUAGUUUUUAUGAAGGAACAAGUGAAGCCAGGGAAGAGCGUCGCAACCCUAAUAUUGACGAUGAUCAUAGAUACACCAAACUUACACCAGAGGAAAUCGAAAAAAUUAGUCAGAAAGUUGCAACUAGAUGGAGACGACUGGGUUUACUUCUACGAAUACCUUCAGUCCAAAUUGAUGAAAUUAUUUUUAACCGCGAAAAAUAUCCAGAUUUUUCCGCAAGGUGUAAAAAGAUUUUGGAGAUCUUCAAUGAGGAAACGAACUUUGAUCGACAUAUAUUGAAUAAUUGCGUUGAAAAAAUAUGUCUUGAUUUGGAUAAAGUUUUGUCUCGACGAAGACAGUUUGAUCGUGAAAGUGCACCUUUUUCAAGAUUAAAUUCAUCUGAGUCUUUAUAUAAAGAUGAUCAUAGAUACACCAAACUUACACCAAAGGAAAUCGAUAAAAUUAGUCAGAAAGUUGCAACUAGAUGGAGACGACUGGGUUUUCUUCUAGGAAUACCUUCAGUCCAAAUUGAUGAAAUUAUUUUUAACCGCGAAAAAUAUCCAGAUUUUUCCGCAAGGUGUAAAAAGAUUUUGGAGAUCUUCAAUGAGGAAACGAACUUUGAUCGACAUAUAUUGAAUUAUUAUGUUGAAAAAAUAUGUCUUGAUUUGGAUAAAGUUUUGUCUCGACGAAGACAGUUUGAUCGUGAAAGUGCACCUUUUUCAAGAUUAAAUUCAUCUGAGUCUUUAUAUAAAGAUGAUCAUAGAUACACCAAACUUACACCAGAGGAAGCGUCUUCUAGUUUUUAUGAAGGAACAAGUGAAGCCAGGAGUAAGCGUCGCAAACCUAAUAUUGACGAAGAGUGGAAAUACAUUGAUGAAUCAACGAAACAUCGAGAAUUGCUUUUAAAAUUGAUUGAAUAUGGAUGCAAUCCCAGUGUUGAGGUUAAAGUGGUUGGCAAUGUGCGUGUAAUAUUCUCAGAAGAAUUUUGCAUUGGCGAAGGAAGUGAUGCAACCCGUGUUUUUCUUGGACUGGAUAAGGAUGGUUACGGUAAAGCAGUGAAACGAAUACAUCGAGAUGGCUGCAUCCAGCUUGCACAUCACGAAAAAAAAAUUUUGAAUGAGUUCAAUGCAAAGAAGUCAAAAUAUGUUGUGAAUUAUUUCUACUUAGAAGAAGAUAUAGGAACGGAUUAUGUUUAUUUGAUCUUAGACUUAUGUGAAGAAUCAUUGGAGAGAUUUGUCAAGUGUUCUACUUUGCAUGAUCUUCAAAAAGCUCUUCCUGAUAUUCUUAGACAAAUUUUAAAAGGAUUAGCUGAUCUUCAUAGCGGCCCAAAUCCUAUUCUUCAUCGGGACUUAAGGCCUACCAAUGUUCUCCGAGACACACGAGGCAACUUUCUGAUAGCUGACUUUGGCAUUAGUCGAAUAUUGGAUAACGAUUCCUCGACACAUUCAAGUAGACCUAACAAGGGAAAUGAGUAUUGGAUUGCUCCUGAAUCAUAUUGUGAAGAUAAAGAUACAGUCGAUAAAGGACGGUACAAGAAAGCGUCUGAUGUAAUGAAUGCAGGAAUGGUGGCAUAUUAUGUUGCAACAAAAGGGAAGCAUCCUUUUGGAAAUAAACGGUUUCGACUGGACAACAUGCUGAAUGGAAACCCUGUUGGCUUGUACGAAAUCGAGGAUGAAACACUAAAGGACAUUCUGUCGUGGAUGCUAAAACUACCACCAGAAGAAAGACCAUCUGCCAACGAAGCUUUAAAACACCCAUUUCUCAUGUCAGAUGAUGAGAAGUUUGAAAUGUUACGUAAAGUUGGGAAUCUUCAGCAGAUUAAGACAAAUGAUCCCCUGUGUAGAGUCGUUCAACAAUUGAAUAGUGAAUCCUCAGAUUGGAAAAGUCAAAUGGAUAGGGAUGUUUAUGAUUAUUUUAGAACGGACGUGGUGACUGGAAAGAUUUUUAAAUAUGGCUCUUCAUGGACAGAAUGUUUAAGACUUAUUCGAAAUAUUAACCAACAUUGGAACGAUCGACCACGGCCAAGACCUCAACCAGAACCAUUUUAUAAGAUUGGUGAUUACAGGGCGUAUUUUCUCCGAAUAUUUCCUAAUCUCCCUGUUCGGGUACAUGCUGCUGUAAGGUCAAAUGAAGAAUUGAAAAACAAACCAGAACUUAUGGCUAUUUUUUCUGGAGAAGAGAAGAAGAAACGAUGUUUUCAAGCUGAUCUUAGAUACACUAAACUAACAACAGAGGAAAUCGAGAAAAUUGGUCAGAAAGUUGGAACUGAUUGGAAUAUACUGGGUGGUCUUCUUGAAAUACCUUUUGACAUACGUGAUGAAAUUACUGUUUACGACACAAUUUAUCCAAACCACUCCGCAAAAUCUGAAGCAAUUUUAGUCAUUUUUAAUGAAAGAAAGAAAUUUGAUCGAUAUGUAUUGAAGAAAUGCCUCGAAGAAAUAAAGCUUGAUUUGGAUGAAAUUUUGUCUCCCACCAAUCUGUUUGAUGGUGAAAGUCAAGCUUUUGAAAGAAUAAAGUCAUUUUCAUCUUUGAAUAAAGAUACAAAGGCAACGUCCAGUAAAGUGGAAAAACUGGUCACUUCUGGUGGUGGCAAUUUAAUGAUGGAGGACGUUAUCUUUGAUAUUGGUCCUGGCUGUUUAGAAGACAGUACAAUGAUAAAGUUGGUCAAGGUUAACAAUCCAAGCUACAUCAAAAGUUUGCUGGACUUGGAACUUCUUAAAAGUAGCAUAUGUCAUCUGCAGUGUCUUCCGAACGGCCUACAUUUCUCGAAGCCUGCUCCAUUGCAAAUUAACAUUAAUGGAGAUAGAGCUAUUUCGAGAGAAGAUAAUGGUUCUUUGAAGAUUGUUGCUAUUUAUGGAUCGUACUCGAAUGACAAGCAAAAGACCACGUGGAAAUUUUUGGAAGACAUUGAUGUAAACGAAAAGAGGAUUUUGAUAAAUAUAAACACAUUUUCUUCAUACAUCUUCGUUACAGCUAUACCUUCUUACAUUCCUCGUAUUUUAUGUCAUCUUAACGAAUUUUUUUACGCUUAUGCAUAUGUAUUCCAUCGAAGAUCGUCAAAAACGGGAACAUUAGAUAUUAAAGUUGUCUUUGUCAGCUCUUUCGUUCGUGAGAAGUUUGUGGGAUUUCCAAUGUUGAAAUUGGCCACUGAUUGUGAAGACUUCCAUGAAAAUAAUGAUAAUAAUGAAGACAUGAAGGACAUCAACACUGAUCGAUAUUAUGAAAUACAGCUAAAAUUUACUGGAAAGGAGCAUUAUUCAUACACGUUUAAAAUAGACAUUUCAAAGCUUGACAACGAUGGUUUUGUUGUUGAUCACUUUAGUACAAUUCAAGUGAAUUUUCCUGCUAAAGGAUAUUUGGAGGUGACUGAACUUGACUCACAAAGAGAAAACAAAGUUUUGAAGUGGAAACUGAAUGUGGAAGAAAAGAACUCAUCUGAAUCCAUUAUCAAUAACGAUAAGGAUGAUGAUGACAAAAAAAACAGUAAAAGAAAGGGAAAUGAAACGUCAGAUUUCUCAGAACAAGAAGCGUCUGCCAUUGAUGUUUCACAUAUGGAUGUGGAUAAAGCAAGAGAAGCAAUAUUUCACAGUCCAGUUUUAAAAAUUGUAGGUAAUAAUAAUCAUCAUAAAGAUGAAAGGAAAACAGAGGGAAACGAAACAUCAGAUUUCUCAAAGGAAAACAAGUCUGCUUUUGAUGUUUCAGAAAUGGAUGUGGACAAGCUAAAGCAAGGUGAUCUAAGUAGCUUUCGUAAAGUGGAGAAAUUAAUAACUGCAGAUGGUGGUGUUGUCGAAUUGGAUGACAUUGAGCUGACUGUUGAUGCAAAUUGUGUAGCUCAACCAACGAUGAUAAAGUUAAUUAAAGAGAAUAAUGGUAUUUCUUUCUGGAAUAUACCGCUGCAUUUGAAUAGAGAGAAUUCCCUGAAAGUUCUUUGUUCUCUGAAAUGUCUUCCAAAGGGCAUAAUAUUUCACAGUCCUGUUAUUUUAAGCGUACGUGGUCAUGAGACCGCAUUGGUUGUGGAGAACACUUACGUUUUUUGUGGCUCGUACAUGGACAACGUAGAGUCCAUUACUUGGAACAUAACAAGUGAUGUCAACAUUGAUGUCGUAAGAAACUUGAUUAGCAUAAGUAUUCCAGAAAGUGCUCUCUACAUUUGCGUUGCUGGAAAGUCUUUGGACGAACAUCGAGUCCUCAGUCAUUUGAAUCAUUCUUUCAAUUGUCGUGUUUUUGUAUUUCAUCGAAGGUUGCCGCAGUUAAAAAACAAAGUAUUUGACUUAUCUGUCGUAUUCAUCAGUGAAUACACAAUAAGCAUUAGACAGAUUAAUGAUCAUUUGCAAGAAGGCUACACUAAAGGAGUGGAAGGAAAUUUCAUGUUUGUUAAGACAGAUCGAAAACAUCAUUUAAAUUUGGAUAUUCCUGGAACUAAGUUUCCAACAUUUACAUUUGAAUUUAACGAGGAAGCUCUUGACAACGAAGGUCACGUAAUUCAUCAUUUUAUGGGAAGAAAAAUACCAUACCCUGCUAAUGGAUGGAUGAAAAUAACUCAAGUUGAUACACUACACAGUGGUAAUGAAAAAGUACUUUGGACUCUUAAGAUUAAUGAAGACCAGCAAAUAGGGAAUUUAAAAGUUGAUCUUCGUUACACUAAACUAACAACAGAGGAAAUCGAAAAAAUUAUUCAGAAAGCUGCAACUGAUUGGAAUACACUGGGUGGUCUUCUUGAAAUACCUUUUGAGAAACGUGAUGAAAUUAAUGUUAACCACAAAAGUUUUCCAAAUCCCUCCGCAAAGGCUAAAAAGAUUUUGGAGAUCUUUAAUGAACGAACAGAUUUCGAUCGACUUUUAUUGAAGAAAUAUCUUGGAGAAAUAAAUCUUGAUUUGGAUGAAAUUUUGACUCCCACAAAUCAGACAAGCAGUAAUGAAGAUGUUUUAACUACUCGUGAAAUAUGUCAACUGAGUCGUCAUAUAGCAAGUUUCUGGGAUGAAUUGGCUUCCAUGAUGAAUAUGGAAAGUUACGAAAUUAAUAAUGUGCAAACAGAUACGAAUUAUGAAAAUCAACAAAUAAAGGCAGAGAAAAUUUUGUCAAUCUUGUCCAAAAAGUGGAAAACUGAAUUUCGGAGCAAACUAGUGGAGACCUUAGAAAGCAUGAACAAAUUUUAUUUGGCUGAUUCGAUUUUGAAUUACGAGUGGAAACAGCUGCAAUGAGGAGGAAGAUUUUUCUUUUAAGUGUACAAAUUCAAAACUUUUCUGAGAACAUUGUGAGACUAAGUUCAUAUCAAAUUAGCACCGUGUAUUGGGCAAUGCGUAUGUAUGGACAUUUCUAUAUAAUCAUAUCAACACCAUUAAAACAUUUUAGUUAUAGCAUCAACAUAUUUAUUAGUUUUAAGAUUUGUCGCUAAAUUUCUUCAUGUCAUGUCUGUGGUAUACUCAGGCCACGUUUACACUAUAACAGAUUACUAUCGUAGCAGGUUAGAUUUUCUUUGUAUUAAAAGGCAGAAGGCAAUGAAAUUGUCCAACGUCAGAAAUACAAUCAAAUAAACUAAAUCUAUCAACUUUAUAAGCUGUUAUUCUAAUUUUACUGAAAGUUUGCAUUGUAGGAGUAAAAUAUUUUGCUAGGUUUGCUAUUAGCUAUACUUUAUAUAUAUUUCUUAGUAUUGAACUAGUACUUUGCUAAAUAAAGUCAUAAAGGUUAA